GAAAACCCCAAUCUCAUUAUACUUAUAAUACCUGCAAAAGCGGAAGGAACAUCGAAUUGACAGAACCUUCCUCGUAAGAAACCUUCAUGCGCCUGCUAAUAUCAAUCCGUAAAUGUUGAAUGAUAUCAAAUUUGACUAAAGCCAUACGACCCAUGGAUCACAGUUCUCAAACACCUAUGUCCCAAUUUAUCCCAAUUCCGACAUACAAUUGCUAGAAAUAUUAACAAACAAUGAAGACAUCCAAUGAAGCAGAGAAGACUUUCCGCUACUUUCCCGACCUGUUUCCCGAAUUACGAUCUAAAAUUUGGCGUUAUACUCCUGCUCUUUUCCCUCGAAUCAUUGAAGUCAGACCACGCACGACUCCGACCGAAGCUUGGGAUCCCCUCACCACCAAACAUCAUGUUAGAGUAACUGCACCUAUUGCCCUCCUACAAAUCAAUCACGAAGCUCGAGAAUUGUUGAUGCCACUCUAUACCCUUCUUAGCUCAGACGUUACCCUUACCCAGAUCCCCAAUCAUCACUUAGCUUCUCCAAAUCCUCACGAGAAGCCCCCCAUGGUCAAUCUCGACGGACACUAUAUAUUUCAGCAUAGCUUGGGGUACUACCGAAGAAGUCCCAUAUCUCUCGUUCAUACAGCGAUUGUUCCAAAACUUCGAUCAAGAUAAACAACGAGUGCGAAGACUGGCGGUGGAUAAUUCCUCGAGGUUAUCGAACUUGAUAGACUAUCCAUUCAAUUUGAGAUACUUUGAUGAUAUCUGGGGCGCCUCGGAAUCCUGUUCAUUAAAUAUGAACUCAGCUCUCUUGGAGUUCAAGAAUUUGGACGAAUUGGUUAUAGUCGUUGAGCGUACUCACUUGAGGGCUGAUGUGGUGUUGGUUUGCUUUGUGAAUCUAGGUAACGCCAGCAUUGGAAGGGGAGAGGAGUAUAUCGACAUCCUACGUGCACUAGGAACCGAAGGGUGGAAAAUACCCCAAAUAAGUAUUUGUACAACACAUGUUGUGCCAGUGAACAAUAGAAAGAUGGAGUCACAGAGAGCUUAUUUGGAGAGGGUAUAUGGAAAGGCUUUUGUUUCACUCCUUACUAGAGAAUAAUGUAAUUAGCAAAACAGAGUGUCGAGAAUAGAUAAAAUGGAAGAUCCUUGCAUCCGGCUUAAUUGUUGAACCGAUACUAUCCGA